GAACUUGAGUUCUUUUGAUUGGGCCAAAGGUUCAAAAAUAGAAGGUUAAGCCGAAUUAGAAAUGAGGCCGCUUACAGUCCAGUGGUUCAAAAAUUGGGCCUCAUCACCUGACUGAUUAUGGUUUGCUUGCAGCGCCUAACGAGCCGCGAUCUUCAUCUGCACAGAAGCAUUCAAUAAUUUUCUCUGGACACUGCGUUUCGAUCGAUCGCUGACUUCAAGAGCAUUGGCAGACGAACUAGAGAAAACACUGAUGGAGUGCGUUGUUCAGGGAAUCAUAGAGACCCAGCAUGUUGAGGCCCUUGAGAUCCUUCUCCAAGGUCUUUGUGGUGUUCAUAGAGAACGAUUAAGGAUCCAUGAAUUGUGCCUCAAAAGUGGCCCAAACCUCGGGCUUGUAGCUUCAGAGGUUCGAGUAUUAUGUGAUCUUGAGCAGCCAGAACCUACUUGGAUAGUUCGGCAUAUUGGGGGUGCCAUGAGAGGUUCUGGUGCUGAACAAAUUUCAGUUCUGGUGAGGACUAUGGUGGAAAGCAAAGUAAGCAAGAAUGUAUUGCGCUUAUUUUAUGCACUUGGCUACAGAUUGGAUCAUGAAUUGCUGAGAGUAGGAUUCGCCUUCCAUUUUCAAAGGGGUGCUUCAAUUACAGUUACUGUGUCGUCAGUCAAUAAGAUGCUUAAAUUACAUGCAACUGAUGAGGCUGUGCCAGUGACACCUGGUAUACAGCUGGUUGAAGUGACAGCCCCUGCAUCUUCCGAAAACUAUAGUGAAGUUGCUGCUGCUGUGUCAUCCUUCUGUGAAUAUCUUGCACCGCUUCUGCAUUUAUCAAAACCUGGUACCUCAACAGGAGUUGUCCCUACUGCUGCUGCAGCUGCAGCAUCUCUCAUGUCAGAUGCUGGGGUUACAACAUGAUAGCAAAGAUUCUAAAAUUGCAAGAUGGUUUUUACAAAUCAAUUUUGUGGUGGAAUGAUUAGAAGAGACCGAUCAAAUGCCCUAAGAUAACCAUUCGUGAGGUUUGAAUUUAGCAGUGCUGUAAACAAAUGCUGAAUGACUUACCUUAGGUUAAAUAUCAAUUUGUAAACAGAUGGCUCCAAGUGGCUCAAGUCUAUUAAGCAGCUGACCUUCAGAAUUAAGACCUGAGUUUUCUUAUGAAAUCAUCAGGGGGAUAAGUUUGUGCUUCUGCUUUCUGGCCAAGGUAUGCAUACUCCGGUAGUCCUGUUUGAUGGCAUUAGUCUAUAAGCUAAGGACUCUAAACUACAAGAAAGCCCCAUAAAUGGGCAACAAUGUUAAAAGCCAUGGCCUAUUGUCGAGCUCUUUUCCUCUUUUAAUUAGUUUAAUAUUUUAAUUUUAAUGUUUUGGAGAACUGCUGAUAAGUUGGUUCAUUAACUCUAGUAUCCGUGUCCUAUCUUGUUUUGAAUCUAACAUAUUAAUUUGCAUGA